AUCUGGAGAAAAAAAUAUGGGGAGAAAAUACGCUACUCUUUAAUCGGAAAUGAACACGUUUUCUACACUUAACCUAGUGCUGUUGCUUCAUAACACGUUACACCAUACGAAUUCGAGUCCAAUUAAUUUGUGCUAUGAAUUAAAAAUCAAGACGUCCACAAUUUCUUUCACUCUUCGUCGAGACAUUAAACCAAUUCUCUUUGCAACCUCAGUGUUAUUCUUUUGCCUUAUCUUGAAUCGAUGUUCGCAAGGACAACGCUAUUUUUGCCAAUUUCAACAAUCGUGUGAAGGAAACAUGGCUACAAAGAAGAUGAUUCCUGUGCCUUAUCCUUUUUCAAUGGAGGAAGAAUUGAAAAAGAAUCCGAAAUUAAAGAUAUCAGAUAUCGAGAUGUUGAGGGAAUGGUGUGAAAAGCAACAACAUUUGCCUAAACCCUCUGAUCUACAUUUAAUUAUGUUCUUGCACAGUAAUUAUUAUAGCAUAGAAGCGGCUAAAAAUACUAUAGAGAAUUUCUUCACCAUUAGAUCCCAUGUUCCUGAAUUUUUCUCAAACAGAGAUCCUUUAGGAUCGAAAGAAUUGCGUCAGAUAUUCAAUGUCGUAUUCGCGACUGAAUUACCUGGACUCUCGAAACAAGGGCACAAGAUACUUUUCGCGAAAUUAAUAGAUACCGAUCCAUCACACUACUCUUUCGAAGAUAGUUGCAAAUAUUUCUUCAUGGAAAGUGAUUUAAUUGGUUUGAGAAAUGGUAUUUGCGAUGGGUAUAUUUUUAUCGGAGACUCAGCUAAUGUGUCUUUGGGCCAUGUUGGGCGAAUAAAUCCUAUGGGUAUGAAGAAGUUAGUGACGUAUAUCCAAGAAGGAAUACCUGUCCGACUCAAAGGAAUACAUUUUAUCAAUACUCCAUCGGUAAUGGAUGUGAUAAUAAAUAUGGCGAAGCCGUUCAUGAAAAAGGAAUUUUGGAACAUGAUACAUUUACAUUCGUCGUUAAAUACAUUGGAAGAAUUUGUUUCUCUUGAUCUUCUUCCUAAUGAAAUCGGAGGAAAAGCAGGAUCGAUAAUUCAAAUGCACGAAAAUGAGAUAAAGGAGAUCGAUGAUAAACGAGAAUGGUUUAUCGAAGAGGUGAAAUUAUCAACUGUAGAUGAAUCAUUGCGUAUUGGAAAAAAUAAGAUUGCGAACGAUUUUUUCGGUGUCGAAGGAACCUUCAAGAAGCUCGAAAUAGAUGAAUAUAAAGUCCAAGGUAUUUCUAAACUUAUAAUUUUAUAUAAUUACAAAUUUUUCUUCUAUCAUAUAAAAUUCAUACGCAAUAUGGGCACAUUUCAAAGAAUAUCAUACGAAGAAGAAUUGAAAAAAAAUCCAGAAUUGAAAGAUGAAGAUAUACAAAUAUUAAAAGAAUGGUAUAAGAAACAACCUCAUUUACCACAAAUAACAGAUUCAGAGUUGGCCUUAUUUUUACAUAGUAAUUAUUAUAAAAUAGAAGCCACGAAGACAACUAUUGAUACAUAUUUCACUAUAAAAAGCCAUGUCCCUGAAUUUUUCUCUAAUAGAGAUCCUUUGGGAUCAAAGGAAUUAAGGAAAUCUUUUCAAACUGUGACUAUUCAAGUCUUAGAAAAUAAAACGCCGGAAGGAUAUGCAAUUCUUUAUGGAAGAUUAAUCGAUCCUGAUCCUUCAAAUUACGUUUAUAAUGAUACAAUGAAAUAUCUGAGCAUGACUCUUGAUCUAUGGCUUUAUAAAGAAGGCACAACAAAUGGACAUAUAAUUUUAUUCGAUAUGAAGAAUGUUGUUUUCGGACAUGCUGCUCGAUUAAAUCCUGUAGGAUUAAAAAAGUAUCUUAUUUAUUUACAAGAAGCAUUACCAGUUCGUUUGAAAGGAUUUCAUUUUAUGAAUAUUACAUCUGUAAUGGAUGUGAUAUUAAAUAUGAUGAAACCAUUCAUGAAAAAGGAAUUAUUAGAUAUGCUUCACACACAUACAACUUUAGACACAUUGUCGAAAUUUAUACCUAUAGAUAUACUACCAAAUGAGGCCGGAGGAAAAGCUGGUUCUUUAAUGGAAUUUCAUAAAAAAACGAUCAAAAUGCUCGAAGAGAAUCGUGACUGGUUCAUACAAGAAGAAAUGAAAGUCGUUAACGAAUCCCUAAGAAUGGGUAAAGGGAAAACAGCAACUGAUCUUUUUGGUGUUGAAGGAACAUUCAAGAAACUCGAUAUUGAUUAAAUUUUCAAUUGCAUAAAUCUUAA